UGUAUCAUAAGGUGGACACGGUGGCUGGGAUGCGCGGCAGGGCUGGGAGCUAGUGAGCGAGCCUGCCCCGGCCGACUCUAACGUCGCGAGAGCGGCUUCGUCAUCAGUCUACCUUGGAACGUCGUGAAAUAAGGGUGUUGCUUUCCUUCGUGAGAGGAUUUACAUGAGUGCUUCAAUAUGGAGUGAGAUAACUCGAUACAUCCCCAUGUGCACGUUGGAGCAAGAUGGUGAGAGAGACUCGGCAUCUCUGGGUAGGAAAUUUACCCGAGAAUAUAAACGCAGACAGAAUUAAGGAACAUUUCAAACGGUAUGGCCCCGUGCAGAGCGUCAAGAUGCUGCCCGGGGGCGUGGGUGGCGAGGAGGGCGGGCAGGGCAUGUGCGCUACGGUGGCAUUCAUGGACAUUUGUGCCGCAGCUAAGGCUCACAAAGCAGACAAUCGUUUGGAGGACCGCUGCCUUAAGACCACGUAUCAUGAAGCCUCCCUGACCGCCCUCUCCUCGUCCCAGUACACCCCGACCAUACACCACCUCCGCGAGACUCCCGCCCACUCCUACACGCCCACGCCAUCCUCCGCCCCCAAUUCUAGCAACCCAGGACUAGCUUCUCGCAGUCCAAGGUUUUCAGGGUGAGUACUAGUCAUUGUUGUCACUGGCUGUUGUUGUUGUUGUUGUUGUUGUGCCACCAGGGGAGGUGCUCUGGCCUCCCUGCACGGUGGUCCAGGUGCUGUACAGGUGAGGCAGGUGUGCUGGUAAGAGUUGAUUGGUGAGUUGGUGAGUGUGAGUGAUGGCGCAGCGCAGUCCCGCCCCCUUCCUGAUAACAGCGAACCAAGGCGCCGCAGAACCGCAGUGCCUUGACGGGGUGUACCUCCAACACCCCGUGCCCCUCCCCUCCCCUCUCUCCCUCCCUCCCGCCCAGGGGCUUGGCUCACCCCUGGAUGUGCCCCGGGUGACUCCACUAGUGCUGCUGCUGCUGGUGCUGACGAAGAAAAUGUGCAGUAGCUCAGUGCUCGAGUGCAGUGUGGUGAUGUGAACGCGUGCGUCGUCUGUGCUGAUAUAAUAGUGAUGAUGUGUUGAUCCAUCGACCUGAAUGAGCGGCGACAACACGCGUCCAUUCUAUAGUGGAUAAGAGAGAGAGAGCGAGAGAGCGAGGGUGCAGCUAUGUGUGAUGUGCAAGCCGGUGUGUUGUCAUGCCGGCAGUGUUAUGUGCUAGGAGGAGGAGGCUGUCCAUACUACCUGCAUAUAUAUAGCUUUUCUGUGUGUGUAUGUGUGUAUGUCUCGAGGAAGCCGUGCCGUGGGAUGUACGUGUCUGUUCCUCGAGGCAGCAGCACGGGAGAGUGUAUCCACCUGGAGGAGGCACGCACUGGGAUAACGCAUUGGGAUAUUUACCUUGAAGCACCCCCCAACACUGCCCCUGGGAUGUACAGCAAGUUCUGGAUUUAACCCUUACACCACCCCUCCGCCCUCGCCAAGACGCCCGCCCCCCUACAACGCCACGGCAGCGCCUCCUACGCCCCCUGUGUUGUGAUGGUGAAUCAGUGAUGGCAUUCAGUGGUCAGUGAGAACGAUCGUGUUGGUGCUCUACAGGGGCUCUUCCUUACCCGCCUUCACUGUGUGUCUAGAAGUGUUGCGAAGUGCCGGAGAGAUUGAGAGAUAGAGCAGAGAGAGAUUGUCGCGUAGAGAGAGACAGAUAGAGGGAGGUGAGAUAGCUUCACAGAUGGUAGGGUAUUGUUGCACCACACCUUCGCUAUACAAACUCGGUGGUGUUUCGGUGGUGACGCAAUAGGCUGAGAGCGAACCAGUAAGCGAACCAGUAAAGCGAACAAGCGAGUGAGCUGACUUGUGAGUGUCGGCUCUAGGGAGUGAGGAGGAGGAGGAGGAGGGCCCCGGCCUAGGGAGCGGCCGGCCUGCAAGAGGGGCAGGCUGGAGGAGGAGGUAGUUGGAGUGGAGGGUGUCCUGCUAUUGAGAGGUAAGUGAAGGGCGGGACUGUACUGCGUCACACACUACCUAUGUACGUAAUAGUGUUGCUCCUGCCGUGUGUGUGUGUGUGUGUGUGUGUGUGUGUGUGUGUGUGUGUGUGUGUGUGUGUGUGUGUGUGUGUGUCAAGGUGAGGCUGUGAUCUCGCCUCGUACCGUGGGAAACACUUCAAAAAAUACUAACAAGCAUCCAGUAUAUUUAAUCCACUCAGCUUUUUGGUAAUAUUUUUCCUUCUCUCAUUUGUAAUUCAUGGCUGAGUGGCUAGAUGAUUCCUCCUUUAUGUCUCAAUGUAUGUCUACCCCAUCCCCCUCCCCCAGCGAUUUACUGUUACCCAUAAUGCACUGGCCGUAUUACCUCAGUGCAUAUGGGUGUGUUUUGCAGGGUAUGGGAGGAGGGAGGGAGGGAGGGUGGUGAAGGGCAGCAGUCAAGGUGAGGUUAGGUUAAGUUUAGGGAGGAGGGGGCAAUGGUAAAGACGAGGGUGCUGCAUUUAAAGAGGUUAAGGGGGUUAGUUUGAAGGGGGUGAAGGUGUGUGUGUGUGUGUGUGUGUGUGUGUGUGUGUGUGUGUGUGUGUGUGUGUGUGUGUGUGGUGGGGGUUAUUGUUGGGGUCGAUGUGUCCUGAUGGUUUAAAGGGGAAGGAAGAGAAGAGGGUUCUGUCCGCGGGCGGGAUUUCAAGUGAGGGUGGUGGUGGUGGUGGUGGUGGUGGGAGUGGUGGGUAAGGCAGAGCAGAGAGGCCGCCAUCUGUUGCUACCCUGCUCCUCCUGCUCCUACUCCUACUGCUCCUCCUCCUCCUCCUCCUGCUGCUGCUCCUGCUUCUCUCUUUGCUCUCUUCUCUUCUCUUCUCGCCUCGCCUCGCCUCGCCUCUCCUCUCCUCCCGCCUCUCCUCUCUUUUCUUAUUCGCUCUCUUUACCUUUGAACCUUCCUUUGUUUUUGUUUUGUGAGUGGGUGUGUGCGUGCAUGUUUAUGUGCGUCUCUCUCUCUCUCUCUCUCUCUCUCUCUCUCUCUCUCUCUCUCUCUCUCUCUCUCUCUCUCUCUCUCUCUCUCUCUCUCUCUCUCUCUCUCUCUCUCUCCUACCUCGGCUUCCAUUUUCUCUCCUCUUUUUCCUCCAUGUUGCUAUCUAUACCGUGUUUUCUCUCCAUUCUUCCUCCACCCAUUUCCUUUACCCUAACUCUCUCUCUCUCUCUCUCUCUCUCUCUCUCUCUCUCUCUCUCUCUCUCUCUCUCUCUCUCUCUCUCUCUC